AUGCUUUUUCGAUACCUAGUGUGCAUUUUAUGCACUUUAUUUGAGGUAGGAAAGGCUGCGCAGAUUGAUAGCAGCAAGAUCUAUGAGCCCAACCCUCCAGUGACGCAUCGUGCUUUCUUCACGAUUGAAUACACCGACAGGACAACAUCACAAGUGAAGGAACUCGACUUAACUAUAGAACUAUACGGGACUGUAGUCCCUAAGACGGUUGAAAAUUUUGCUAAACUCACAAAAGGUGUCACGGCUGUUAUCCGAGGAACGGAUGAAGAGAAUGACCGUUUCCAAUUGGGCUACAAGGAUACCAAGUUCCAUCGCAUAGUUCCAGACUUUAUUAUUCAAGGCGGCGAUGUGCUACCGGACGUUGGGCCUUUCAACAUUUUCGGAAAGCAGUACUUCGAAGAUGAGAACUUCCAGCUAAAACACGACAGGCCUGGUAGACUCUCUAUGGCCAACCUUGACAAGCCUGACAGCAAUGCUUCGCAAUUCUUUAUUGUUACCUCUCUAGAACCUCAAACACAUUUGGAUGCAAAACACGUCGUUUUUGGGCAAGUUGUGUCUGGACUAGACGAGCUCAUUAAAGAGGUGCAAUACGUGGAGGUCGAUGAGCAACAUAAACCCUUGGCCGACGUCAAGUUGAUAUACACUCUCGUGGAAGAGUUGCAAAUUAGCGGAGCGGAGGAUUUGCACAAGCAGUGGUUGGAUCAGGCUGAAAAAUUCCAGCAUGGCGACAUGUCGCAAGGUGUGAGCAUGGCUACGACACUGGCAACAGGUAAAAAGGAAGAAGCCAUUAUGAAAGAAGUGUUGUUUGAACAACUCCAUCAUCCGGCAGUGAAGGUUGCUUCAGGUAUGGUUCUUUUGCUUGUGAUAUACUUGAUUGUUAGAAAGACCCGAAUUUUCAGCAAGAACACCAAAAUCGUGUCCAUGAGACACGAUUGA